AUGAAGGACAACAGGUCACGGCCCCACAAGAUCCACAUUACGUCUUCAUCGCUUCGACUGGGAAGCGUCGUCCGACAUCUGAGGAAGGAGCACAAAGUCGUGCCACCUUCUAGACAACGUGCAGGCUCAGUUACCGGGAGUGGAGGUGCAGAACGGAACCUGCUUGAUAUGCUUCGCGCCGAUCCGACGAACCCUCGAGAUCAGACUCUUCUCAGCAAUCUGCAUACGUUAUUCGAUCCGAAGAUGAAUCAACUGCUCCUGCUCGACUGGCUUACAUAUCAUAACCUCCCCUUUAAUGUCGUAAACUCUGAGCGCUUCAGACGACUCCUUCUCUACAACAACCCGGCUCUCCAGGAAGGCCAGAUACCAACUGGCAAAACGCCGCUUGCAGAUGAAGUUGCAGAUACAAUAUGCGCGUUUGGUCUUGAAGACAGAAUCGGGUACUACACGCUUGACAACGCUACGAAUAAUGAUACGGCUGUGGAAGCGCUUGCCGCUGAGUUCGAUUUCGACAGGGAAGAGCGUCGCAUCCGCUGCGCCCCUCAUUUUCUGAACCUGGCCGACUUUGUGGCUGAAGAGGAAGAGCAGCGCCAGUUGUCCGACGCUAUCAAUGAGCUGGCGACCGACGACGACUUCUGUGUGCCGAGCAUGGAAGAAGGAUUCGAGGUUGAAACAGUCCCAGAAGGCAGUCAGGAUCAGGACGUACUGCCCGACAUCAUCAAUGGCGAAGAAGUGGACAAGUACCGCAAGUUUGGGCCAUUUGGCAAACUUCACAAUAUUGGCAUUGCUCUUCGAACGAGCAGUCAACUUCUCGAGGUCUUUUACGAAGCUCAACGGCAAACCGCUCCUACUGAACCUAUUCUUACGUGGGUUCAAAACGUCUGCACUCGCUGGAUGUUUUCCAUCAUCGAGGAACGAUGGCUUGGCAAAGGCGGCAAAGAACAGGACAAACCAGCGAUACUGAAAGAACAACUUUCCCUUGAAGAAUGGAAGGUCGUUGUUGCGGUUCAGAAGAUCCUUCAGCCAUUCAAGAUCGCCUCGAAGCAACUCCAGGGCGAGGUAUUGCUGGUAAACGCUCCACGUCAGGAGGGUUCGAUGAGUACUUCCGGUGGUAGAGAUGCUCCUUGA